AUGGCCUCCGAUGAAGUAAAGAAGGAACUUAAUCAAGGAUCCAAAGAGACCAAACAAGAUCAAACAAAGAACACAACUGAUGUUGAUUCAAAUCAACAAUCCAAUAUCAAACCAGAACUAGAUUCUAAUCCAAGUUCUGAUUCAAUAACUGCUCAAGAUUACAUCUCCUCUCAACUUGAACUGGAAAGGGAAGCUAAAGAAUUGAUGCCCUAUGAUCCAAAUCAAUGUACUUAUUCAAUGGGGGCAAUUCGUCAACAAAUUUAUGCAUGUUUAACUUGUCUUGCCAAAACUGGUCAAACUUCAGGAAUUUGUUAUUCUUGUUCAAUUCAAUGUCAUUCUGAUCAUGAAUUAGUUGAACUAUUCACAAAAAGAAAUUUCACUUGUGAUUGUGGUACUACAAAAAUGAAUCAUCCUUGUUAUUUAAGAUCAAAAAUUUUUGAUGAUAUACCAUCUUCUUCAAAUUCUUAUAAUCAAAAUUUUAAAGGUCAUUUUUGUGAUUGUAAACAAUUAUAUAACCCAAUUGAAGAAAAAUCAAAUAUGUUACAAUGUAUCUUUGGUGAAACUUGUCAAGAAGAUUGGUUUCAUGAUUAUUGUAUAAUGGGAUUAACUCAUUAUGAACCUCCAAAGCAAAAAGAUCAUGGUGUUAAUAAAUUGGAUCAAUUAGGUGAGCCUGAAAUUGAUGCAGCUACUCAAAAUAUCAAGAAUGAAGAGGACAAGAAAGAGGAACUGAUGAAAAAUGAUCAACAAGAGGAAGAAAACGGUGAGCCUGUAUUGGACGGAUUCCCAAAUUUGGAUGAUUUUGAUUGUUAUAUUUGUUGGAAAUGUAUUAAUAAAUUUAAAGAUUUCUUUGAUAAAAUUAAACAAAAUAAUGAUAUUGUGGUAACUACUGUUCAAAGAAUUCCAAGUGAAAAUUUACAAGAACGUAAUUCAAUAAUUUUACAAAAUCAAGAUGGAACUUUUUUCAAAAAAAGAAAAAUUGAUUAUGAUUAUUCAAUUUUCUUGAAAACCAAUUAUGAAGAGAAUUUUAAAACUCUAUACAAUACAACAAAUGAUACUACAAUUAAAAAAAUCCUUGAUGAAUUCCAAUUUUUGAUGAAUGAUGAUCCUAUUUAUGAACCUCCUAAUGAUGAUGAAAUUGAUCCUGAAGAUGAUGACAAUUCCUCAAUUUAUGACCUUGGUGCAAAAGCUAUCAAUUCAUUACCAAGAGAACAAGCAAUUCAAGGUGUUCAAGCUUUCCAAGACAUUAAAACUAAAUUAAAAGACUUCCUGGCCCCUUUUGCUCAAGAUGGUAAAAUUGUGGGUAAAGAUGACGUGGAGAAUUUUUUCAAAAACAUUCAAAAAUGA